AUGGCUCCGCGCUGUCCGAGCGCGUCUGCGCCUUUCCUCCCCUUUCUCUACCCGUCGCUAUUUGCGUCAAGGCACGCUUUUGCAAGCGUAACAGCGCUCCGACGACGCUACAACUCGACCGUCAACGACCUCCCAGAGACACGGCUCAACCCAGCUCCCGACGACUAUGCCGCCCCAAGCUUCUCCGAUAAAGCCCAGCUAAGCCUAUAUGCUGGUCGAGGUGGAAACGGUUGCAUCUCCUUCUUGCGUGAGGCAUAUCUCGCCGAGGGCCCUCCCAAUGGCGGCGACGGUGGUCAUGGAGGCAACGUCUACAUCCAGGCCGCCCACGGCGAGACCUCGCUGCACAAGCUUGCGCGGAAGCGCUUUAUCCGCGCGGGUCGGGGGAAACAUGGUCAAGGAAGUGCAAAAAGCGGUACUCGGGGAGACGAUGUCAUCAUAACGGUGCCUGUGGGAACGGUUGUGCGUGAGCUGGAACGUGAGGAUCCCGUCGCUGAGGAGGAGAUGGAUAUGCGGCUGUGGCGUGUCCAGGAAAAGCAGCGCAAAAGGGAAGAGCGAUUGGCUGCUAUGGAAAGGCAGAAGAAGGAAGAGGAAGGCGAAGAAGUAUACGAAGAGGAGGAGCAUGAGAUUGAGGAGGAUGAGGAGGAAGACCAGAACCCUGAGCGUCGCAAGUGGUUGCUAUAUCCCGGUCUAUCCAAGACGGAUGUCAAGCAAACCGUUUUCCCUCGACUUCCGAAGCGCCAUCGCCUCUAUAAGCAACCUCCGCCCAAGAUCCAUCUCGACCUGUCUCGUCCGACGCCCAAGCCCAUCCUCCUCGCAACCGGCGGUAUCGGUGGCCUGGGGAACCCUCAUUUCACAUCGCGAGCGCAUCCACGCCCAAUGUUCGCGACCAAGGGAGAGGACGCCAUUAGCAUGAAGAUUGAGCUUGAGCUCAAGCUCCUUGCCGACGUUGGGCUGGUGGGUCUCCCCAAUGCUGGGAAGAGCACCCUUCUCCGCGCCAUUACCAACAGCCGUACUCGUGUUGGUAACUGGGCUUUUACGACUCUGCAGCCCAAUAUUGGCACUGUUGUUCUUGACAAGUAUUCUGGUCGGCCUACUAUCAAGAGUUAUCGCCGCUAUCCCGCUCAGAUGGGACUGCCCGAGGAGGUCGAAACUGAGCCACGAACCCGUUUCACCAUUGCUGACAUUCCGGGUUUGAUCGAGGGCGCUCAUCUGGACCGCGGACUCGGAAUUGCUUUCUUGCGUCAUGUUGAGCGUGCUGGUGUCCUCGCCUUUGUCAUUGACCUUGCGGCGGGCAAUGCUGUCAAGGCUCUGGAUGCGCUAUGGCGUGAGGUCGGCUUGUAUGCUCAGAUGCGCGAUGAAGAGGAGGCAGACCGCGAGAUCGACUCGCGCGUUGACUGGGACCUUGAAUCAGACCUGGACGGUCCCAUGAAUUUUCCCCCUGAGUUUGAGACUGGACUCCCUGACUCUACGACUACCCCUGCUCUUCAGAUUGCUGGAAAGCCGUGGUUCGUUGUGGCGACCAAGGCCGACCUACCAGAAACCCAGGCUAACUUCAGAGAGCUCAAGGAGUACCUUGACGGCAUCACCAAGGGCGACAAGCCGCACCCCAGCGGCGUCGAGAAUGCCUGGACCAAGGACUGCACUGCCAUCCCGGUGAGCGCUAUCAACGGCCAAGGCGUUGACAGAAUUGUGCACUGGACCGUCGGUCUUUUGGACGAGUAA